AUGCAUUCACCCGGGAGAGUAGUAAGGUAUAUUAGGACCUUACGACCUGCAAUUUGCUCUUCAAUAAACAACAUACGACCCCUCGCAAACCCCUUUCCUCACCCCGCGCCAAUUCUUAACACUCGAUCCAGAAUCGCUCUCUUCAGUAUGGCAACCAAAGAAAAGGAAUUGGGAACGGAUGAUCUGAAAGGUCUAGGUGGAACGACCGAUCUACCACCAACUCCAGAGCCUCAUCAUGAAAUCAAUGCUUGGUCUGGUCCAGGACAAGCAGCAUUUGAUUUCCGCAGCGAUGUGAUGACUACUCCAACCAAAUCCAUGCUUACAGCCAUCCAAAACACUACACUCUUUGAUGAUGUCUUCGCUGAAGACCCAACAACCAAUUCACUUGAAUCUUAUCUUGCAGAGAUUACUGAGCAUGAGUCUGCCAUUUUUGUUCUCUCCGGUACUAUGGGCAACCAAAUUGCUCUCCGUUCUCACCUUGUUCAACCUCCCUACUCUGUACUCUGCGAUCAUCGAGCCCACAUUCUCGAGUGGGAAGCCGGCGGUACUGCAUCUUUGUGCGGGGCUCUUGUGAAGGGAGUAGUGCCUAGCAAUGGCGUUUACUUGACUUUGAAGGAUAUAGAGAAAUCUGUUACUAUUAGUGAUGACAUACACACAUGUCCGACAAGGGUUAUUAGUUUGGAGAAUACAUUGGGUGGAACCAUCAUGCCACUCGAGGAGGUCAGGGCUAUUUCAGGAUUUGCCAGGAAGCAUGGCAUUAAAUUACAUAUGGACGGAGCUAGACUUUGGGAAGCUGUUGUUGCUGGAGCGGGAUCACUGACAGAUUUCACAAAGGAAUGUGAUAGUGUUAGUUUGUGUUUUAGUAAGGGAUUAGGCGCACCAGUCGGAAGUAUGUUAGUGGGCAAGAAAGAUUUCAUCAAGCAUGCUAGAUGGGUUCGGAAAAGUAUUGGAGGAGGGCUCCGUCAAGCUGGUGUUUUGACCGCGGCUGCGAGAGUUGCGGUCGAUGAAACAUUUGGAAAGGGUCCAAAUGGAGAAGGGGGUCUCUUGCGCGAAAGUCAUAAGACGGCCAAAAGAAUCGCGGCCUUGUGGGAAGGAUUAGGUGGAAAGUUGCAGCAACCAACCGAAACCAACAUGGUGUGGCUGGAUUUGGCAGAUGCAGGUGUUUCGGCGGAAGAAUUCAGAGAAUUGGGAAAGGAGAAAGGCUUGAAACUUUAUGGUGGUCGAUUGGUGGUGCAUUAUCAGAUCGGGAAUGAAGCGGUGGAUAAGUUGGAGGAGAUUAUGAAGGAUAUUUUGGAGAAGAAAGGAAAGGGCACUAUUGUAGUUGCGAACAAGAAGCGAAAGGUAGGAGAGAAGGAUUAUGGUACUUAA